AUGGCGGACAAGGAUGGAAAGCAGUACAAAUACCGCCAGGAGAUCCAGCAGAUGAUGUACGUCUCUGGAGAGACUGGCGAACCCUCGGUCGAAACCACAGGCAUGAUCGAGGAGAUUGUGCGCCAGCAGGUCAUAGAGAUCCUGCGCAACUGCACCGAGCUGGCCGCCCGUCGCGGCUCGCGCACCAUCACCAUCAACGACCUCAUCUUCCAGAUCCGCGAGGACGCUGCCAAGGUGUCCCGGCUGAGGACCUUCCUGUCGUGGAAGGACGUGCGCAAGAACGUGAAGGACUCUGACGACAAGGGUGCAGACGCCGACAUCGGUGCCGGCGAAGACCCCGUGGGAGGCGUAGUUGCCGGCCCCGUUGACGACGCCGCCAAGAAGAACAAAAAGUCCAAGGUCGGCCUGCCCUGGGAGCCCUCGUCCUUUUACAGCCAGGAGGUCCCCGAACGCGACGACGAGGAGGACGAGGAGGAGGAGGAGAUGAACCACAUCACCCUCCAGCGUCUGCGCAAGGCCGACGAACGCACCAAGGUCAUGACGCGCGAGGAGUACGUCACGUGGUCCGAGUACCGACAAGCAUCCUUCACCUACCGCAAGGGAAAGCGAUUCAGAGAGUGGGCGGGCUUCGGCAUAGUGACGGAUGGACGCCCGUCAGAUGAUAUUGUCGACAUCCUCGGCUUCUUGACCUUUGAGAUGGUCCAGAUGCUGACCGAAGAAGCACUCAAGCUCAAGGAGCAGGAAGACAUGUGGAAGGAACGCACUGGCGGCGGUGACAAGACCAACAAGCAGCCCAAGAUCGCCGCUCACGGUCUCUUCUUGCCGCCGAGUGAGGGCCGGACCCCGGUCGAACCCCGUCAUAUUCAGGAGGCAUUCAGGCGCAUGCAGGGCCGCCCCAAGAAGUCGCGUGCCAUGCUCAACGGCACGAGGCUGGCACAGCAUACAGCUCUCAAGCUGUUCUAA